AUGGAGGGGGAAACGUUUCAACCGGAGGGCGAGAAGCCGCAGAAGAGAGUUAGGUUUCGGGUGUCGUCGGCGAACAGCGGCCGGGUCCUGAAGGAGAUGUUCAAAGAUGAGGGCAUGUCGGACUCCUUGGAUUCCGACACCACCAGCGGUUCAGACGCGGAGAGGGCCAGCACUCCGUCGAGCAGCGAGACCAGCGGUCACUUCAGCGGAUUUCUGGGCUCGGAGCUGGACGACAGUGAAAGCGAGCCCGAUGACCUCCUUAUGUACGUGGGAGCCCCGAAGGACCGGGCAUUCGGCACUAAGCGCGUCAACAUCCUCAGCAAAAACGGGACAGUGAGAGGGGUCAAGAACAAGGUCAGCGCCGGUCAAGCGCUGUUCAGCAACCUCGCCAACGUCUAUGGGCCAGAGUUGACGCUGGAGUACGGGCGCAUUGUGAUCUAUACCACCAGCUUCCGGGUGGUCAGGACCACCUUCGAGCGCUGCGAGCUGGUUCGCAAGAUCUUCCAGAACCACCGGGUCAAGUUCCUGGAGAAGAACAUUGCCCUGAACAGCGAGUAUGGGAAGGAGCUGGAGGACCGUUGCCAGCGAGUGGGGGAGCCUCCCUCUCUCCCCGUGGUCUUCAUCGAUGGACACUACCUUGGGGGUGCAGAGAAAAUACUGGACAUGAACGAAUCGGGAGAGCUUCAGGAUCUCCUCACUAAAAUUGAGAGGGUGCAGCACCCCCACGCAUGCCCCACCUGCGGGGGCUUCGCUUUCAUCCCCUGUCCUGUGUGCCAUGGCAGCAAGAUGUCCGUCUUCCGCAACUGCUUCACGGACACCUUCAAAGCCCUGCGGUGCACCGCCUGCAACGAGAACGGCCUGCAGCCCUGCCGUAGCUGCGCGCUGUAGAGCCGCAGUGCCUCGCCAC